UCUUUCAAAAUAUUAAAAUAGAUACCAAACGCCACAAAUUCAUUGCAAUGUACAUAUGUACACUGUGAAACCGCAAAGAUGAAUGAUAGAAAACUAUAGCCGAAUAGAAAACUAUCCCGCAGUUUCUUAAUUCUGUAUUCAAUUGAAACCAAAUUCAUGGUAAUUCCUAAAACAUGCCACCUACACCAGAUUUCAAAGUUGCUGGCGAACAAUUCUAUUAUAUAGAAAAGAGCCACGAAAUCAAGGAAUCAGCCUUAAUCUCGUAUUUCGCAAGAAAUGAUCUCAUUGUUUUAAUCAGUAAUCUGUCAUAUGAAAUGUCCAGGAAAGAACUGCAGAUGCUGGAUUAAAUCGAAGAACGGCACAAGAUACUGGUCCACCUUAUAUCCUCUGAUUAUGUCUUCAGUCUUAACAGCACAUCGUCAAAUAAUGGACGAGCUUCUGUUAUUUGUUUUGACGUCGUCACAUUCUUACUUUAAUAAUUGCAAAAUAUAUUUUAAUUUAGUUAUUUUGUAACAAGAAACGACGGUUCUGAUUGGGGAUGAACAGCCAUGAUAACAUUGAAUGGCGUUGCUGGCUCGAAGGGCCAAAUGCCCAACUCCUGCAACUAUCGUCCAUUGUGACUUGACCAGUAGCAGUGUCGCUAUUCGUCUUAUUGUUGAUAAUGCAUGCUACAAGAAUUAUUUUUGUGUCUCUUUUAAAAUAUGGGGAAGGGAAAUAUCGGUGCUUCAUACCGAUUAUUACUUCAAUACAAUUCCCAGAAUAUGAUAGUCAUUGAUUGUGUUAUGUUAUGCACGGAUAUUACACUGGUGUCAACUUGUAUAAUACGUUGUGCAGCAAAACUGGACCAUGAGUUUAAGAUAAAAGAUUUGCGUGUAAAUUCAUAUGACUGGUAGACACAAAAUGGACCCUUCUUCAGACUCUCUCCGGAGAUACUGCCUGUCCCGCUGGGGUACUCCAGCUUUUUGUGUCAAUCUUCGACAGAUUGGGUUUGCUGGUUUACGAAACACGUCGCGAUCCUGAAUCCACAAUAAGAUCCCGAAUCUAGAUAAGGUUGACAUUUUAGAAGCACUGCAACAAUACAAAAUGCUGGAGUAUUUCAGCGGCUCAGGGCAGCAUCUCUGGAGAACAACGGAUAGAGCUAUCCACGUUUUCCAGAGAUGAAGCCUGACCCACUGAGUUACUCCAGCACUCAUAGUGUGGCUUCCCUGUUUCACGCUUGCAAUACGACCUGGCGUCUUUUUAUAACCCAGUCGUAAGUUUCAGAAGUCGUUUUAAGUUGCGAUCGGAAUCAGAGGUAACAUUUAAUAAAAACUUCCUGCUCUUAGUCUAAAUUUCAAAUUGAACCAAAUGUUUCUCCCUCACGCGUUGGGGGUGUUUGACUUGAGUAUUAUCCGUUACAAUGUCAUUCUUCAACCCAAUUUACAGCCUUUAUUUGUGUACGACGAUUCCCUGUGGGUAAGUUGAAACUUUGCUUUUGUUUAUUAAUCUGCAGAGUACCAAGUCGCAGAUAGACAACAUUAGAUGGAGUAACUCAGCGGGCCGGGCCAGGCAGCAGCUCUGGAGAGAAGGAAUAGGUGAAUGUUUUGGGUCGAGACCCUUCUUGUUCUUCUCUCCAGAGAUGCUGUCUGUCCCGCUGAGUUACUCCGGCUUUUUCUCUCUCCUCGUGGUUUUAAACCAGCAUCUGCAGUUCCUUCCCACGCGUUUCAAGUCGCUGCGGGUGAGAAUUGUACCUCGUGUGUAAGCAAGCCGAGGCGGAGCUACACUUCAGGAGAGCCCGGUGUGUGGGGAAUUGACCCCGUCGAGGGACGGUCGCUUCUUGCUCAGGCUUCAGGAAGCCGGUACAAUGGAGAGGUACGAGGCUGCCAUGGUCCUUGGAGCACUCGGGAAUGCCAUGGGCUAUUAUAACGUUACGGGUCACGGGUGCAACAAAGCUGGAUUCAAGCUGACCGAGUCUGAUUUAUCAGCAGAGAUAGACAUAAUGGUUUUUAAACCAUUUCAGUGGAGGGCUCCAUUCGAUACGCUCAUGCACAUGGCGACCGCCGAAGCUUUGGUUUGUGGAUGCGAUUCCAUGCAAGAAUUUUGCACUCAAGCUGCAAAGAGAUAUCUUCUGGCGUUGCACACCUAUCAGAAGUGUUCUUUACAACCAGUAUCAGAUGGAGCCCAAGUCCGAAAAAAAGCCUAUUCCUCAAAAAGAUACACAUCGGUAAAUAGAAAAGAACCUAAAUUUGGAGCGGCAGCGAGAACAAUGUGCAUUGGAAUGUGCUAUUCAAAGGCGGAGCAACUGAAUGACCUUCUGCAAGCCAGCAUUGAAUGUGGGCAAAUGACACAUAGUUAUCCAGCAGGGUUUCUCGGUACGUUCUCUACGGCAGUUUUUUCAUCAUUCGCUAUUCAAGGGAAGCCUAUUGCUGAGUGGGGAAGGAGGAUGAUGGAAUUGAUGCCAACUGUAGAAAAAUACUGUGAAAGGAAGAUGCAGCACUUCUCAGAUUUCCGUGAGAACUUUUUUUCUUUUGAAACCAAUUGGCAAUUUUACCUCCAACAGCGAGGGAUUGAGAAGGAUGGAAGUGAUAAGGCAAUUUUUCCCAAAACCUACAAUAUAGAAGAACAAAACAAGCUGUUCAGACACUGGUGUUCGGAAUCAACUGGGAAGGAUAAGGGCCUGGAGACAACAUUGAUUGCUUAUGAUGCACUCCUGUUUGCUGGUAGUGACUGGAAGAAGAUGUGCUAUUCAGCAAUGUUUCACCGUGGGGAGAGUGAUGCAACAGGUGCCAUUGCAGGAUGUCUCUAUGGAAUUCUCUACGGAUUUGACAAUGUUCCAACGAGUCUUUACAAGAACCUAGAGUUCAAAGGCCACCUUGAACUGCUGGGGAGACAACUAUACCACAUUGCUAUUGCAGAUCGAUCCUUGUGUCUCAGUGCAGAUCACAAUCCAAGAAAUGAGUCUACAGAUGUACAUCAAAUUGCCAGGAUGUUUGUGAACAAACGUACGGCAGAUGAGAUUAAUAAUUUGAUCAAUUACAUAGCUCAUCUGGAAAAGGUGAAGGAAACGAGCACUGAAAAGUCUGUCAGGUUAACAAACAUAUUUGUUACAACACCGCCCAACACUAAAGCAAAAACCGGUGUAAAGCCUCGGCCAACCAAAUUUCAGCUCCUCCAGUCAAGGUUUACAAAGAUCGGUUUUCAAGAUAAACUGGAGAAACUAGCACUUCCCGAGUCCAAGACAAAUAGAAUUUCAAAACGAUCUAACACCCCUGCAGAUUCUCAGAAUGGUGCAGUCAGUUUUACCACAGUGGGUAAAGGAGAUGCAUGUUUCACCAAAAUGCAAAACCUUAUGGACUUGCUGGCUGAACAAAAAUGUGAAAGUGCAAAAAUUCCAAAGGUAGAUGGUAGUCUCGGGAAACCAAUGAGUACAAAUGACGUUACAGCUGGAUGUCACACUGCUCCACAGCCUCACACUACCAAUCCUGAGCUUUCAACAGGAGAUAAAGGAUGCAUCGACUUGACCACAAUGCACAAAACUAUUGAUUUAGUAAUUCAACGGCAAUGUGAACCCAUUAAAAAUGAAGAUGCUACUCUGAAACAAACACAUAUCAAAAACGGCACCACAGAUCUUUAUUCAAACACUGCGCAAUCUAGUGGGAAACAUCCAAUUGAUACAAAGGAAUCCAAUGACACAUAUUCAGAGCCUGUCGGAGAAAGAGAUAUGCAUAUGCGACUGGAUUCCCCAAACCACCACAAACACAUGACUUCACCUGAACCAUCUGGGCAAACAGUUGCUGAAGUGUUAUAUCCAAAUACGGGUAUCCAAGUUGAUCACCAGACUAAAUGUAAGCUGACAGAAUCAAUCACUAGUGAUGUAGAUGAACACAGUGGACAAAAUGUACAUUUUGUUCCAAGUAGAAAUCAAAAGCUUCCUUCACAAGAAAUAAUGACAAACUCUUCAUUGAGUAUUUCGGGAAAAAAUCCAUCCAUUAUAACCAAUAUCCAAGAAAAUAAGUUCCAGACUAUUCGAUAUAAUGAAAGAACAAGGCCACCUCCAGGAAGAGAAAGCAACACACCUAUAGUUAUUGACUUUCCUAAUAUCAUAACUAGUGAUGGCCAGCACUGUUUAUUGCAAGUCAUUGAAGAUAUUUUAUCUAUUAAAAAUAACACAGAGGAAAAUCCACAACAAAGAGUGACAGAAAGUAUAGAGGAAACAACAAAAUCAUUAACAUCUAGCCCACAAUUAGUUUCUGACACAUCUAAGACACAAACACUAAAAGACACUUUGCAAAAACAAAAAUCCACAUUCACCAAUGGACCUCUAACAUUGCCGAAUGAUAAACAGCAUGAAAUCAACCAAGAUGACCAAUGGUGUACAUACAUGCUCAGUCAGCCCAAUGAGUUGGUUAAUGGAGUUAAAUAUCACGAUGUCAUGACAAAGGAACAUUCUCCACGAACAGAUACAAAACUGGUGAAAAAUACAAUCUCACAAAUGAAACACGUCAACCCAUUUGUCAACUUGAGUGAAAAUCAAUCAGUGGAUGAAACCACACAGAAUUCAGAGCCUGCUCCUAGAAUUCCCUUUCCUCACAAUGAAUUACUAGGAAUAGAUGAUGAUGAUACACGAAAGAAAUGCACUGGAGAAUUAGUCAUCACCGCCACACACCGCACACAUGUACUGCAAGGACAAUAUCUGCAAGUUCAAAAGGUGAACUCAGAGGAAACUGGCAAACCACAAACCAGAAGUCUGCAGCUAUUCACUGACCCACAUGAAGAGCAAAAGCUGAAGAGAAUUGAACCAAACUCAGAGUCAGGAUCCUCAAACAAAAUCCAAACACUGCCAGAGACACAGUCAACAGAAAAGAAAAAGGAUAAUCAGUGCAGAAAUAUUCCCUGUCAGUCCAGUGACUUGGGCUACACAGUUGUGCCGCUCAGAGUUGGCCAGGAGCAUCAACCUUCAGAAACACUGUCAGAAAUCGCACCGGCAACAACCUUACAAACUGCGAAUCCCGAGUCACUUCUCUGACUUGUACAAAAAGCAAAAGCUGAUCGAGAAUCCACAAAAACGGCAGCUAUUUGUCGUCACAG